GGGAGCGGCGGGGGCAGCCGCAGAGAUGUUCGACGUCGGCGGCGGCGUCGGUGGAGGAGACAAGGAGUGAAACAGCCGGGGGCGAGGGACGCGUGCCGGGUUGACAACGGAGGACGAUCAGCGGAAGGUUCGGCGGAGGUGUGGCGAGAGAUGAAAUCCGCUCGCCGUCCAUCUUCACAUGUCUCUCGUCCGCGUUCCCACCGCUAUCCUCGCCUCUCCGCCCCAGGGCGAUCAUCUCCUGCUGUCAGCUCUUCCAUACUGCCCGCCCAGAAGCUAUCUACGGCCCGGCGCCCCAUCCGCGAGAAAAUCCACAGAAGUCCACCAGCAUCUUCCCCGCCGACGUUCGCCACGUUCCCGACGCCUCCUCGGUCCCGCCCCCAGCCAGCAGAGGCCCGCGUUCUUCCAGCCCGCUUCCGUGCCUUACACGCGGACCCACAGUCGUGCGUAUGUGUCCUCUCAACGUGCCCUCCACGGGCUUCCCCCCGCCAGCCCGGUCUUCUCCACCUCCAACUGCUUCCUCCAUCAGCGCCCGGCGCUCGCAUCUCUCUCUCGGCCGGCUCUCCUUCACUUGCGCAGCCAUACAGAGGUCAUGGCGGCGUCAUCUCGGAUCGACACUCAUGUUCUCCCUCACAACCUCUAUAGCCCUAUACUGCAAUCACCACAACUUGAAGACAGCCCUGCGGGCACCACUUCUCAGCUCACUAUCUACGCGUCGACGUCGCCCUCACACACAGUAGUCCCCUCGUCAGCGGCCCUCUGGCGAUUGACUCUGGCGGCGAACGUCGGAUUGACAGGGACGAUCCCUCCCCCCUCCGCCCUGACAGGGUGCUUACGAAGCCCUUCAUGAAGAGGUUCCUCGGCAACGUGGUGAACGGGGAACCUCUGGCGUCAACUCCAUACGGCCGCGCCCGUCAAUGUGCUCUACUUUUGCCUAUCUUCUUCAUCCACUGCCCAUCGACGGCCAGGCGCAGCCGAGGGGGCUGUUGCUGUACUAGCAUAACAGAUGUAGGGCAGUCGUAUAUGGACUCUGUGCACGAAGCCAUCGAGUGAAGUCGGCUAGCAGGACGCCUCGAUCACACCAGUGUCAGCUGGACCGCGGACAUGAUGGCGGGCAUUGGCCGCACGACGCAACACGUGUUCUGAGCUGCGCUUCCUUACCCCUUUCGCACCCAUUUUCCCUUCCGACGGGCAGACGACGCAGGCGGCGCCAUUGACGAGGAUUCUGGUAGCCAACUGGUAGCUCUUCGACUGCCUCGGGCGACGGGCAGCGCAUGGACAUGACGUCGAGCUUACGCUUGCGCGACCGCUGCAACCUCAGAGAUGAUCGCAUCUGGAUCAUCUUGUC